GCGGCCUGCCAGAGUGCGCAGGCUUCCUUCCAUGGGGGGUGGGGAUUGAUGGUCUUCGUCCCGUCUGUGUUCCGCUCCUGCACACCACCCGAACACCGCCGACCGACCAGUCGCCUCUCCGAAGUUCAUAAGCCCAGAGUCCUGCCUCCCCCCACCAGUGUGGGACCAGCUGAAAGUCCCGCAGGUCAGCAGCCUUUGGAAAAAGCCCCCCAGGGAGACAUCGGAACCGUAAAAAAUGGACUCCACCACACUUGAGGUCACAGCUAUGUUUUCCAACCAAUCCAUGGAGAGUUGUGGAGGGGAAAGCACCACCGAGAACCUGAUCUUUGGCUGCUAUUACAUCCUGGUCUUCUUUUUGGCCCUGAACGGGAACUGCCUGGCUCUGUGGGUCUUCUCCCGCCAGCGUGGAACUUCUACUCCAGCCAACGUCUUCCUGUUGCACUUGGCUGUGGCUGACCUUUCCUACGUGGUCAUCAUACCCCUGCGAGCCACCUAUCACCUCACCGGGGGCCAUUGGCCCUUCGGAGAGCUGCCCUGUAGGCUGGCCGGCUUCCUCUUCUACGUCAACAUGUAUGCCAGCCUCUACUUCCUGGCCUGCGUGGCCGGGGACCGGUACCUCGCUGUCGUGCAUGCCGUAAGGUCACUGAAGGUACGCCGAGCCAAGUAUGCGCACUUCGUGAGCUUCACCCUGUGGGCGCUGGUCACCGUGUCCAUGGGGCCCCUCCUGGCCACACGGCAGACCUCGGAGGUGGCCGGGGCCACGGUGUGCCUGCAGCUAUACCGUGAGAAGGCCUCUCGCCGGGCGCUCGUCUCCCUGGCUGUCGCCUUCACCCCGCCCUUCCUGGCCACACUCUCCUGCUACCUGCUCAUCAUCCAUAGCCUUCGCCGGGGCUCACGCCUGGAGCCGGCGCUCAAACUCAAGGCCCUCCGGACUAUCGGCCUGGUGCUGCUCAUCUACGUGGUUUGCUUCCUGCCCUACCACGCCAGCCGCGCCAUCUACAUCCUGGGCUUUGCCCAGCCAGCCGUCUCCUGCGGGACCAGGAGGGGCCUGAUGCUGGGGAACCGCCUCACCUCCUCCCUGGCCUGCCUCAACGGCGCCCUGGACCCGCUGGUCUACCUCUUCGGAGCGGAGAAGUUCCGGGGCAGCCUGCGAAGGCUCCUCUGCAGGGAGAAGCUGGGGGCCUCCAGCGCCACCACGGGGGAGCUGAAGGGAACGCGCGAAAGCUCGCUGAGCGCCAAGUCGGAGCUGUGAAGCAUGGGCAGGAGAGACUGUCAGGCUGAGAGGCGCGAUGAACUGGUACCGCUUUGCAUACAGACCCGCUCUGCUCUCAGGCUGCACUCCUCUUAUCCGUGGUUUCCUGUUAUAACAAGAUCACUGCGCUUCUGAUACGGUUUUUCGCCUUUUGUAUUUCAAUUGAAAAUGUGCUAUAGAGAGUGAUAUUCCAGAUAUGGGACUUUUUUAGUAAAAAAGAGUCUAAGACCUGUUUAUCCUUCAUAGACCCCCCCCUUUCUACUGCUGUGAUGGAAGUAACACUAAAUGCUUCGUUUAUUUCUUUCUGAAGGACUUUGCUGGUCAUGGUCUGGACAUUUCAGCAGAUGUGAUGAUGUUCACUGCACUCCUACUCGGUCCUAUGAACUGUCCUCAGUGAUUGUCAUUUGCGCCACGUCUCCUUCCUAACAUUAACGAACAAAUUAAAAUGCGCUUUUUCUUUCAGCACACGCUACUCGUUUUCCCUUUUCUUUAUAAUUAUGGCUGAUGGGCCAACAUGAAAACU